UUUUGGCGCCAUUGGGUGUUAUGUCUUCACCAUCUCCUCCUUCUCCUCCCAUUCCAGUAAUUGUGGAAGACAUUGAUAAUCAUCCUGUCCUGCCUAUUCAUUCUAUUCCCUGUCAAAUAUUAACAGAAGAUGGAACUAGAGAGGCAAGGGUUAAAAAUUGCUUUGAGACAACAAUCACCAAUGAGAAACAAGAAGGUGUAGCGUGUAUGUCAGCUUCAUUUCGUGGUCGCCCACUUCAAGGAAUAACUCACGAUUUACCUCAAGACUACACUGGUGUUGUAUUAUCUAGUGGUAGUAGCGAAACUGAUUGUAAGGAAAUGAGAGUAAAGUCAGUCUUCUCAUCACUCAAUGAGUGGUCUUUGGACUCGGUCCCUUCAGCUGAUGAAGGAAUAUCCUCUGCUUUGAAAUGGAUUGACAUUGCUAAUGCUAUACAUUCAGAUGUAGCAAGCUCAUUUACUGAUGAUGGCCCUAGUCAAUGAGCAAACCCUAUUCAUUUAUCUACUGAACUCUUACUCUGCUUGAUAGCACCAAGGACUCAGUGUUUGUAUACAUAUCUAACUUCAUACAUGCUUGAAAUUGUUGACAAAAAACAAUGGAUUUUUUAAUAACCCACA